AUGGGUCGUAGAUUAUUUCAACAAUGGGUGGUUGAUAGUUAUGUUAAAAUUGAAAAAGAUAGAAUUAAUUACUGCAGAAAUCAUCAAAAACAGUUGAGAGCUGAAUCAUAUCAAGGCUUAAUUGAUUAUAUGCGUAAACGUAACGAAACUAAUCAACAAAACGGAAUUAACAUUGAAUGCCCUGGAAAAAUCUUCAUAUUACCAUCAACUUUUGUUAAUUCACCAAGGUACAUGAUUCAACAAUAUCAAGAUGCAAUGUGUAUCGUCCGCAAGUAUGGAACACCUGAUUUAUUUAUUACAAUGACAUGCAAUCCCAAUUGGGACGAGAUUGUAGAAAAUUUACUACCUGGUCAAACAGCAGCUGAUAGACCAGAUUUGGUUGCUCGAGUGUUUAGUUUAAAAGUAAAACAUUUAAUUAAUGUUAUAGUAAAACAAAAGCAUUUUGGAACAGUAUUAGCAUAUGUAUACGUAAUCGAAUAUCAAAAACGUGGACUUCCACAUGUUCAUUUAUUAGUUACAUUAGAUAGAGACAGUAAAAUAACAACUCCUACAGAUGUAGACAAAUAUAUUUCAGCUGAAAUCCCGGAUCUGGAUGACAAUGAAACUCUUCACAAUAUUGUCAUGAAAAACAUGAUUCAUGGCCCUUGUGGAGAUUGGUGUUUAUUUGACGGCAAAUGUUCAAAGAAAUAUCCUAAAUCAUAUACGGAAGAAACUACCAUGGAUGAAAAUGGUUAUUCUCGAUAUAGACGAAUGAAUACUGGUAGACAAUACACUAAAAGUCACGAUUAUAAAGUUGAUAACAGACAUGUAGUACCUUAUAAUAAAGAAUUAUUGUUAAUGUUAAAUUGCCAUAUUAACGUAGAAAUUGUUGCAAGUAUCAAAGCAGUUAAGUACUUAUUUAAAUAUAUAUAUAAAGGUCACGAUUGCGCUUCUGUAGACAUAUUAAAUCCUGAAACUGAACGAGUAAUUGACCAUGAUGAAAUUCGAGAAUUCAUUGAAGGGCGUUAUAUUGGUCCUGUUGAAGCGUGUUGGAGAAUUUUAAAUAAAGAGUUACAACAAAAAAGCCAUGCAUUCAUAAGAUUACCGGUACAUUUACCGAAUCAACAUACAGUUACAAUCGAUGAAUCUGGAACUGAUGAUGUUAUAAAUAAAGCUUUAGAAAAACAAACUAUGCUAAUUGAUUAUUUUGCAUUAAACGCUAGAGACGAAGAAGCUAGGAAUUUUUCAUAUGCAGAAAUUCCAUCUCACUAUGUUUUCAAAAAAAGUUCAAACGAUUCGAAUGUUCAUUCUUGGAACAAUCGUAAAAAACAACUUAAUGUCAUUGGUAGAAUGUAUUCAAUUUCUCCAAACCAAACUGAAUUGUUCCAUUUAAGAUUGUUAUUAAUUCAUACUAAAGGUGCAACAAGCUUUGAUGAUUUAAAAACGGUUAAUGGAAUUACACAUCAAACAUUUGUUGAAACAUGCCUGGCAUUAGGGUUAAUUGAAGACGAUAAUGAAUGGACUCGGGCAUUAACUGGAGCUGAAUCUUGGAUGAUGCCUCAACAAUUAAGAAGACUAUUUGUGCGUAUAUUAAUAUAUUGUCAACCUAUUUAUCCUCACUUACUAUGGGACACUUUUAAAAUUUCAAUGUCUCAGGAUUUCUCAAGGAAUUUUGAACAAAACAUUGCUAAUCAAAAAGCUUAUGCUCAAAUAUCUAGACUAUUAAUUAGUGAAGGAUCAAAUUUGGAACAAUAUCCAACUAUGGAACAACUAAUUGAACUAGGAAAUGAUGAAGAUGAUUCACCAUCAUAUGAAGAGCAUACAAAUAUCGGUAAACUACAAUAUGAAAAGUUAAAUAAAACUCAAAAAGAAAUUGUUGAUAUCAUAUAUGAUGCUGUUUUAAAUAAAGAAAAUCUCAAUAAUAAACCAACAUGCUUUUAUAUUGAUGGUCCAGGGGGAUCAGGAAAAACUUUUAUUUACACUACUUUAUAUCAUAUGUUGAAGGGUGAACAAAAAAAUAUAAGUACGGUGGCUUUUACUGGAAUAGAAGCAACAUUAUUACCUGAAGGAAAGACAGUUCAUAAAACAUUUGGGAUGCCUGUACCUCUCUAUUUCGAUUCAUCAUCCAACAUAAAGAAAAAUUCCAAAGUAUAUGAAUUUCUUAAAAAUAUAGAUUUAUUCAUUUGGGAUGAAGCACCAAUGGCUCCAAGACAUGCUUUAGAAUUAGUUCAUCGUACAUUAUGUGAUAUAUUAAACAAUAAUCUACCAUUUGGAGGCAAAAUAAUUGUACUUGGUGGAGACUUUCGACAAUUACUUCCAAUAAAAUUGCAUGCAACACGAACAGAGUUGGUUAAUUUGUCUAUCUAA